GGGACGGAGGAAGACGGUGCUCCAACUACGCCUAUCGAAGCAAUUCUUCUCUCGCUCCGGUGCGAGGGCGCGCUCUCAGCACGCCGCAGCUCCGCUCCGGCAAGGCGGCCGCCCACCGUCCACCGCCCGGUGGUUUUCCACGGCCACACCCACUUCACGACGGAGCUACCGGUUUAAAAUGCCUUUUAGCUAGCAAAGCGAGCCCAAGCCCACCACACUGAGAAAAAAAAUUAAAAAAAAAUGCAUGUGCAAGCUAAUCCCCUCAUCAAAACCCUAGCCUUGUCGCCCCGGCGGCGGCUGGCGGCGCCGCCGCGGCGCCCGACGGCGGCCGUCCGCUGCUCCGCGGCGAAGAGGAGCUACAACGUCACGCUCCUCCCCGGGGAUGGCAUCGGCCCUGAGGUGGUCGCCGUCGCCAAGGACGUCCUCUCCCUCGCCGGCGCUCUGGAAGGCGUCGAGUUCCGGUUCCAGGAGAAGCUGAUGGGCGGCGCGGCGCUGGACGCGUACGGCGUGCCGCUCCCCGAGGAGACGCUUACGGCGGCGCAGGCGUCGGACGCUGUCCUCCUCGGCGCUAUUGGGGGGUAUAAGUGGGAUAACAAUGAGAAGCACCUCAAGCCAGAGACUGGGUUGCUCCAAAUUCGUGCUGGGCUUGGCGUCUUUGCUAAUCUAAGGCCAGCGGCAGUUUUGCCUCAGUUAGUAGAUGCAUCUACUUUGAAAAAAGAGGUAGCUGAAGGAGUCGACAUCAUGGUUGUUAGAGAGCUUACAGGAGGAAUAUACUUUGGUCAACCUAGGGGUUUUGGAACCAACAACAAAGGAGAGAACACUGGGUUCAACACUGAAGUAUACUCAGCUUCUGAGGUCGAUCGAAUUGCACGUGUUGCAUUUGAGGUUGCUCGCAAGCGAAGAGGGAAACUUUGCUCGGUAGACAAAGCAAAUGUGCUUGAGGCGUCUAUGCUUUGGAGAAAACGGGUGACAUCAUUAGCCUCUGAAUUCCCUGACAUUGAGCUUUCCCACAUGUAUGUUGAUAAUGCUGCAAUGCAGCUUAUUAGGAAUCCUAAACAGUUUGACACAAUUGUGACCAACAAUAUUUUUGGUGACAUAUUGUCUGAUGAAGCAUCAAUGCUUACUGGAAGCAUCGGAAUGCUCCCGUCUGCCAGUGUUGGUGAAUCGGGUCCUGGUCUUUUUGAGCCUAUUCAUGGCUCUGCACCUGACAUUGCUGGGCAGGAUAAGGCAAAUCCAUUAGCUACAAUUCUUAGCACUGCCAUGCUAUUGCGGUAUGGCCUUGGAGAAGAAAAUGCUGCAAAGAGGGUUGAAGCUGCAGUUACAGAAACACUAAACAAUGGGUUCCGAACUGGGGACAUAUAUUCUCCUGGAACGACAUUGGUUGGAUGCAAACGGAUGGGAGAGGAAGUCUUGAAGACUGUGGAGUCGCAGAGCGCGGUUGCUGUAAACUCAUAGCUUUUGGUAUUUUCAGCUGUGUCCCUAUGAUUGUGAUGGUUGAAAGCACAUCAGAGUUUGAAAUAGCCAAGGAAUCACACUGAUGCCAGACUGCGUUAUGCUUUUCGCCUGCACUUGUGUCAUUCUGGAACUCAUCGCAUGAGUUGCCUCUUUUCCCUUUUCUUGCCUAUCGGUCUCUUUUUGUACCUUGAAUUUUGUCCAUGGUGAUGGACUGAUGGUAGACUUAAAUUGUCUAGCCUAAUAACAAUAAAAUGUGGUUGUUUCCCUUUACCGAGCUGAACAAGAAUUGGGGUGUGUAACUGGACAUUGGUUGGCUAUAUUAUUCCCGUGCUUUGUUCAUGUUACACUGUUGCAGUAUUUGCUGAUGUCUUACAAAAUAAAUAAUGUGCAGACCUGUUCAGUUGGCCCUGUGC